GGCGCCGGUGCCGCUGAAGGGACGAGGGCUCUUUUUCCUGGCCGGUGGCAGAGGGGCGGGACCGCGAAGCACCGACGGAAGGAGCGAAGAGGCGCCCCGUCCCGUCCCGUCCCUGCCCGGCUCGGUGCGUCCCAUCGCGGCUCGCUGCCGCCGCCCCGGACCAUGGGCCGGCCCGACUGAGAGUCCGUGAGCACCGGCCCGCAGCCCGCCCGGUGCCGUUCGCAGCGCCGUCGGCUGCGGGGGAAGAUGCCCUCCGCGGGGCGGACCGCUGGCUUCCUGCUGCUCCUCUGCGGGGCUGCCUUUGGUCUCUACUUCCCCAGGAAGGAGUACUCAGAGAAUGUCUACAUUGAUCAGCCGGUAGGCACGCCGCUCCUGCGCAUCCACGCCUUGAGGGAUUCCCACGGGGAAGUGGCCCACUUUUACCUGUGCCAGAAUCUCAUCGUUUCUCGAGCAAGAUCCCAUGAAAAUCGCUGGUUUCAAAUCAGAGAAAAAACAGGACUUCUCUACCUCGACAAAAGCCUGGAUAGAGAAGACUUUAACAUGCUGUCUGUAGGAAACUGGAUGCCAUUAUCAAAGGUGAUGCUGUAUGUCUUCCUUUCAUCCCACCCUUUCCAAGAGAAGGAAUGCGACUCUGCGAUACGCACCACGGUUUUCCUCUCCUUGAUCAAUGCUACUGCACCAGCUUGCAGUUCUUUGACAGCAAGGCAGCUUUGCUUCACAGAAAUGGAUCUCUCCUUUCACAUCAAGGAGAAUAAACCACCUGGCACAUUUCAUCAGCUCCAGUUACCCUCAGUUCAUCAUCUGUGUCAGAAUCUCAGCAUUUCCUACAACCUGCUGGCAGAUGAAGGCAUGCCCUUCCGAUACAAUGAGAACACCACUGGCGUGAGUGUGACGCAGCGUCUGGAUCGAGAAGAGCGAGAGAGAUACGAGCUGAUUGCCAAAUGUACCGUGAGGGACGGCUUCAGGGAAAUGCAGGUUGAGGUGCCCUUCCUGGUGAAUGUGUUAGAUGAAGAUGACUCUCCUCCCUUCCUUCCCAAUGGCACUGAUACUGCAGAUGCUGUCGUGAAGUUCAACAGGAAAGAGGGAACUGUUCUUGCUACUCUGACUGUGUAUGAUGCAGACACCACACCUAUUUAUCCCCUUGAAAGCAGCAGAAAGAAAUACACAGGCACCAUCAUUACUGACGAGCCCUGGAUAAGUGAGACGUUUCGGGUGGAACACAUCUUUGAUGAAAUCCACUUCAGCCCCAAUGGCAGCCAAGUGAGAGGAACUCGACAUGAGUACAAACUGGUGCUGAAUAAAAGUAUUUCAGUCACAGAGCACCGUUCCUUCCAGUUGGAUGUUUUGGUGAAUGACACGGAAUUUCAUGGCCCCGAGAGAUCGGUGAUGCUUCAUUUCAAUGUCUCCAUCCUCCCUGUCAGCAUUCAAUUUCCAAACAUGACUUACCAGUUCACAGUGAACAGAAAUGCUGAACGCUUUGCACAAGUAGGAAAAAUCUGCAUUGAAAACUGUCUGAAGUUCCGUGGUGUGAACAUCACCUACAAGUUACUGUCCCCCAACGUAAGCUGCUAUCCUGUCAGCAUACUUCAAGGCCGAGAAGACAAAUAUGGAAGCCUUUACGUGAACGAUUCCUCUGUACUGCGCAGACCCGAAUGCAAGGAAAUACAGUACACUAUUCAAGCUACUGACAAGCAGAGCAAGAAACAUACCAAAACCCUUCUCACUGUUAUCUUGGAAGGAACUCCAGUUUUAAAAAGAGAAGAGGACUGCCCUGAUUCCUGUGCUGUGAGUAAGCACCAUGCUGAAUGUGAAGAGUGUGGGGGCCUGGGGGUCCUAACAGGAAGAUGCCAGUGGAGACAGGGAAGUGGAAAAGGGAUCACUACAAACUAUUCCACGUGCACCCCCAGUAUCAAGACUUGUCCGGAUGGCAUCUGUGAUGUGAUUGAGAGCAGAGAUCCAGCUGUGUGCCCUCAAGACUGCACAAGUGGAAACAUUAUUGGUGGUCAUGGGAAAGGCACUGGAAAUCUUGGAAUUAAGUCAGGACAUGGAAUUUGUUACUGCUUCCCAAGACAGAACUGUUAUUGUGAGAAAGAUGACAUCAAGGAGCAACUGUGUGACGACGUGUGCAAGACUGUGAUAGCAGGGGCAGUGCUGCUGUCCUUCAUCAUCUCCGUGCUGCUUUCUUCCUAUUUCAUCCACCGUUACCACAAGAACUCUCCCAAGCCCCCUAUUGCCUCAGCAGAAAUGACGUUCCGGCGCCCAGCCCAGUCCUACCCCAUCAGUUAUUCCUCCACUAACGUCCGCCGGCCUUCUUUAGAUUCCAUGGAGAACCAGGUGUCUGUAGACACCUUUAAAAUACCAGAAGAUCCAAAGUGGGAAUUCCCUCGCAAGAACCUAGUUCUGGGCAAGACUCUUGGAGAGGGAGAAUUUGGAAAGGUUGUCAAGGCAACAGCGUUCCGACUGAAGGGAAGAGCUGGGUAUACCACUGUAGCAGUGAAGAUGUUAAAAGAAAAUGCUUCCCAGAGUGAGCUGCGAGAUCUACUUUCAGAAUUCAACCUCUUGAAACAGGUGAACCAUCCUCAUGUCAUCAAACUGUAUGGAGCCUGCAGUCAAGAUGGCCCGCUGUAUUUAAUUGUGGAAUAUGCUAAAUACGGCUCCUUGCGCAGUUUUCUCAGGGAAAGCCGAAAAGUAGGACCAAGCUAUGUGGGUAGUGAUGGGAACAGAAACUCCAGUUACUUGGAUAACCCCGAUGAAAGAGCCUUAACAAUGGGAGAUCUGAUCUCCUUCGCGUGGCAGAUAUCCCGAGGAAUGCAGUACCUUGCAGAAAUGAAGCUUGUCCAUCGUGACUUAGCAGCCAGAAACGUGCUGGUGGCAGAAGGGCGCAAAAUGAAGAUCUCUGAUUUUGGCCUGUCCCGUGAUGUGUAUGAGGAAGACUCAUAUGUCAAGAGGAGCAAGGGUCGGAUACCUGUUAAAUGGAUGGCCAUAGAAUCCCUGUUUGAUCAUAUCUAUACAACACAAAGCGAUGUAUGGUCAUUUGGAGUUCUGCUGUGGGAGAUUGUAACUUUGGGAGGCAAUCCCUACCCAGGUAUUGCUCCUGAAAGACUCUUUAACCUCCUAAAAACAGGCUAUAGAAUGGAGAGACCAGAAAACUGCAGUGAAGAAAUGUACAACCUGAUGUUGCGCUGCUGGAAGCAAGAACCUGAUAAAAGACCAACAUUUGCUGAGAUCAGCAAGGAACUAGAGAAAAUGAUGGUGAAGAGUAGGGACUACUUAGAUCUUGCAGCUUCCACACCUUCUGAUUCCUUACUUUAUGAUGAUGGGCUCUCGGAAGAGGAGACACCACUUGUGGACUGUAAUAAUGCUCCCCUCCCUCGAACCCUCCCUUCCACAUGGAUUGAAAACAAACUCUAUGGCAUGUCAUACCCGAACUGGCCUGAGGAGAGCCCCGUUCCACUCACAAGAUUCGAUGGCACUAACUCUGUGUUUUCAAGAUAUGCAAAUGAUAGUGUAUAUGCUAACUGGAUGGUUUCACACUCAGCGGCAAAAUUUAUGGACAAGUUUGAUAGCUAAAAUUUUCUUUGUGAAAGGUAACGGACUCCUGAGGGGAAACAAAGAUGCAAAGAAUACAAAGUCCAUUGGCUCGUUCUUUGUACGAUCAACAACUAUAAAAUCGGCAUACCCUUUUAUUGGUAGUUUCUAAAGUGUGUUAUUCAUGCUGAAGACUAUAAUUGGUCAUUUCCCCUUUCAGAAAACAUAUCAAGCUGGAUAAGAGUUGCAGUUCCAGUACUCCUUUCCAAAUUGCCAUUUUGCAUAUGGUUCCUUUUGGCAACUUCUUACUGCAAAUGGCCUCACUGUUUUUUAGACUAACCAUCCUGUGUUACAGCUUUCUUGGAUGGGAAAUUGUACUUGAACUGCUGCUUUUAUAGCAGUUGUUAGCAUAUGACCACUUGACCUAAGCAGGAAGCACAAAC